UUCAUUGGACUGGAAAAGAAUGAGUCUGCGCUGUCCCUACCAAUGGAGCCCAAUUGAAAAGACGUGGAAAAACAGAGUCUUUCUGAGGGAGAAGAGGUUCAAGCAAACUGAGUCAAUUAUAUUCUUCAGUUUUUGAAAUCCAACCCCUCCAUUUCUCUCUCCCCUCUUCACCAAAUCUCUCAAAUUUAAAAACCUUCCUUCAUUCUCCCGAUUCCUAUUCAUUUUCUAUUACUUGUUUCUUCCACUUGCUUGCUUCAAUCCAACCAUCCCAAAUUUUUCUGCUGUUUUUCUGGGAUCAUUUCUGAACAUCCUCUGUUUUUUUUUCCCCUUCUUGCUUCUUCGUUUUCGGGAAUUUGUUUCCGACAAGUCCAAUUGGAUUCUGGGUUUCUCUAUUUUCUUGAGCAAACCCAAUCAUGGGGAUUUGUUCCGACAGGGUGAAAUUCAACGUUGGUGGCAGAGUAUUUGAAACUACGGCGACAACUCUUGCUAACGCCGGCCGGAAUUCCAUGUUCGGAGCAAUGUUCGAUGAGAGCUGGAACUUAAUCCCAGGCAGUCACCACACCGAGUACUUCAUUGAUCGCAACCCGGAUUGCUUCGCCGUCCUCCUCGAUCUUCUCCGGACCGGCGAACUCUACAUCCCGCCCAACAUCUCAGAGAAGCUUCUCUACCGUGAAGCCCUCUACUAUGGCCUCCUCGACCACGUUCGCUCUGCCAAAUGGGGUCAAUUCGACGGCAACAGGUUGAUCCUCUCCGGCUCCGUCACCGGCCAUGCUCCCGGAGACGGAACCGCCAUCCGCGCCGGCCCCGACGGUGGAUGCUGCGUCGCUCACGGAAGCAUGGUUCAUGUCUAUGAUUGGAUGCUAGAAGAACACCCUCCGCUUACUCUCGAUUACCAGAGAGUAAACGACGUCGGAUGGGUGGGUUCAGAUAAUAUCAUCGUCGGAGUCAGCGAGCGCCUUGGCCGUGGCGAUGGCGGAAUGGGACUGUUCAGCUCGUCGACGGGAGAGCUCCGGCAUAAAUUCCAAGUCAGCCAUGAGAAUCAACCAAAGAGCUUCACUGCCGGCGCUUUGAGCUUCAGUUCAGAUUACAAAAUAUUUUGUAGCUGUAAAGGGAGAAGCAAUGAAUAUGGAGUUGGUGUAUGGGAUCAAGUAACUGGAAAACAAGUAGACUUCUUCUAUGAGCCUCUGGGUUGGUCUUUUGGUGAUGCAGAUAAGCUUCAAUGGCUGGAAGGAAGCAAUUGUUUGCUAGUGGCUACUCUGUUUCCCAGAAAAGAUAACUGUUACAUUAGCCUUCUGGAUUUCAGAGCGAAGAAGAUGGUUUGGUAUUGGUCAGACGUGGGAGCUCCAUUAACGGUGGAUGAGAAAAGGGUUCGAGACACCAUAGCAAUGGAGGACAAUAAGUCCAUUUGUGUGGUGAAUGAGUUUGAGGAUCUGGGUUUUAUGGAUAUAAGAAGUUCUUCUGCUUCAAGUAUUAGAUGGAGUUCCAGGAGUCGUUUGAUGAAAGGGAAAAUGCCAGAAGAGCCUUGUUAUCCCAAGCUUGCAUUGCAUGAAGGCCAGCUUUUCUCUUCCAUGAAUGAUUCUAUUUCGGUAUUUUGUGGCCCUGAGUGGGUUUUAACGUCCAGGCUUAGACGAAGCUAUGGAGGUUCCAUAUGUGACUUCUCAAUUGGAGGUGAUAGGCUUUUUGCUCUUCACAGUGAAGAGAACGUGUUUGAUAUUUGGCAGACUCCAUCCCCACCAGUCAUCUGAUUUAAUUUCUUCUUCUUCUUCUCCUUCUUAGUUUGUCCAAGUAUACCCAGAUUUUUCCUUAGAGUUUCUGACUAAGUAAUGUGAGUGAUUGAGUAUCUAUAACAUACCAUCUUUUACUAGAAGAACUUCAUAGGUUUAGCCCAGUGCUAUGGAUUUGUUCAAUGUUCAUAACUACACUAAAGAUUAUACACUGUACUGAUGUACUUGCAUCUA